AUGGCACGCAAACUCAACUGGGACGAUGCACUUCAAGAUGCAAAUAAAUCACUACGCAUAGAUCCAUCGUUAACAGGCUAUGUUGCGAAGGGCAUUGCCCUAUGUAGGAAAAGGCAGUUCCGGGACGCCACGAAAGCUAUCGCACUAUUUAAUGCAAAUAAACAUGAUGAGGCAAUGCUGCGCGUCCAAGAACUAGUCACUGAUUUUCCCGAUACCGAUCUUCUUGCUUGCCGUGUCGUUGAAACGUAUUUACACGUCCAACUAGGCACCAUUGCUUUGAGUAGCUGGUGUCACAAGGGCCAAGCUGUCAACCAUUUCACUUCCGCUGUCAGUGCUAGCGCCCUCUUUUCUAAAUCGUCAAUUCAUCGUAUGUAUGGGGAUUUUACCGUGCUCUUCGGGUGGGACCUUGAGUCAUUGUGGCUCACCGCCCGCAAGCAACUAUGCUACGCACUAAUUCGGCUUUCUAAAAAGACUGAAGCAUACUACGUCUUGCCCGUGGAGAUACAGCCCUCUCCGCGAGCAGUCACUCUUGCGUUUUGA